AUGUCUUCAAACGCCGCGGGAAUCGUGAGAAACCCGCGAGCUGACAUACGUUGCGUCGUUUGCUCUAAGCGCCCAGUUGACAGACUGCGCGAACCAAUUGUGACCGGUCUCCGAACCGAAGGGCGCUUAGACCAUUCAUCCGUCUCCUUCAUUACCACCACAGGGGAAGAAAUUGUGACAGAUCCCCAAACUGACAGGCCUUUCGACCUUUCAUCCGUCCGCUCUAAUGAGAGCAUGCACAAAGAGUCUCCAAUCUGGCAUGGCGACAAGUCAGAAGAAGAAGAAGCCGAGCGGUCCAAGGGAGUAAGAUUUGCCGCGCAAACCAUCGAUAACCAAAACAAGUCGAGCCCAGUCAAAAUUCCUAGCGAGGAUCCUAGUCAAGUUGGAGGUCGAAGUGGAACCCGCACUACCGACAGAAAGUACUAUUCGGGGGAUUUGAUGGUUCUGCCAAAUUCGCCGGACAGAGGCAGUACUGAGACGAGUCCCAAGGACAAAGCAAGAAUUGGUUUGAUUGACGAGAGAAACUUCAAGCGUCCGAUUGAGAGUCCGGAAACCCCCGAAAAGCAAGACAAGUGGAGCUCGAUCAAUGCUCCUACCCGGAAUCGCAAAAUCAGAGGAAGUUGGACCACCAGUAAUGGCCAGAAAUACUAUUUGAGAAAUUUGGCGGUCCCGCCCAAUUCUCCGGAAAGAGGCAGUGCUGAGACGACUCCCAAGGGUGAAACAAGAGUUGAUGUGAUGGACAAGAGGAACUUGAAUCCUCCGGUCGAGUGUCCGUAUGUUGUUCAAGAGGCCAAAAAGAUAAGCAGGACAAAUGAAGCUUCAACUGCCACCAACGAGACUAUCAAUCAUCGGGCCGUGCAGCAAAAGCCCACGGAGACCAACAAGGCUCGCUCGAUUUGUGAGAUGGACAAGUAUUCUACCAUGUGCAAUGCGUCGGAUUCGGACGAUUCAGGCUCUGAAACGGAGAAGAAAUUCUAUGUAGCUAGGAGAGCUGCAUUUCUGAAGGCCUGGAAGGCCGCAGAGGGCCAUUUUAUCGCGCAGGGAAAGAACAUCAAGGAUAAUCAGGAGUUACCCACAAAGGAAGAUUUAGGAAAGAAGGAAAACGACGAUGACCAGCAAGACCUACUUUUCACCAAGGACGAUCGGAAAGAGGAGGAUAAUUUCAAAGACGAGGCUUUACCCAUCAAGGAAGAUCCGGGAAAGAAAGACACUGUCGAUGAGCAGCAGAAACUACCAAGCAAUGAAGAUCAAGGAAAGAAGGUUGUUGAAGAUACCAACUCUUGA